AUAGAUUCCAUUCCUCCACAGAUAACUACAGUAAAUGUGAGGUCCGUUGCUAUCCGUAAAUCGGUUUACUAGGAGCCGACCUAAGUCCUAGACAGUGUCUGUGAAUAACAUCAAGUGCAGUACUUACUAUAUGCCGAGAAGAGAGACCUAACAUUGAGAAAAAACUACAGUAAGAUCAGCAUUUAGUCGUUGAUUCGGAAUUCAGAAAUCGAACAUCGAUUACAACGUACGUACGCACCGUUUAACCGAAAUCUGUCAGACUGUCAAGUGUCAAGUCAAACACGAACCGAUGAACUGACGAAUAGAAAAUGACAGAUAAUUUCACAUCAAAACAUCUGUGAUCUGAUAACACGUUUACGUCUAGAUUUUAUUAAUUCUUGAAUAAAAUACGUACUUUUGCAGAGCGUAGUAAAAUUAAAGUAAUCAAAUUAGAUAUAUUCUCGGGCAAAAUGAUAUUUUACCCUUUAUUUCGGCACCUUACCACUUUGAAAUCAAAGUUUAUUAGGUUGAGUUCGACUGCAUUUGUGCCGGAUAUUGAUACAAAUUAUUAUUGUAAUACUGAAAAUGCUAUGGAAAUUGGUAACAAUAUAAAAUUAAGGAAGGGGGUAGGGGAUAUUAAACUUGUUAUGGAAAUGUAUAAAGUACUAAAAACUACUCCAAUCACCGAUGCAUCCUAUGAAACUGUACGAGACAAAUUGUACAAAGAAUUAAGUUGCUUGCCAAAUAAAACACAUCCUUCAGUCUUGAAAAAUCUUGAACCAAAUGUUGUACGAGAAAUAAACCAAAAAAGAGAUUUCCAAGAACACACUCCACUGGAAUUCAGUGAAAUAACAAGGCGGCUUAACUUAGUGAGGACUGACAAGUUAGGAAACACAUGUGGACACAAGAGCUAUUAUUUUCUUGGAGAACUUGCUGAGCUAGAGGAGGCUUUAAUUAAAUAUACUGUAAACAAGCUUCUUCAGGAAAACUUCAAACUGGUUUCAGUGCCAGAUAUUUUACCUAGUCAAGUCCUGAAGAGCUGUGGAAUGACAGUAAACAAUGACAGAACACAGAUAUAUUCUUUAGAUCCAGUCCACCAUGGGCCAGAUUUAUACUUAUCAGGUACGGCCGAAAUGUCUUUAGCAGGACUGUUGAUGAAUACAAAGCACUCUGAAAAGAAUUUACCUAUGAAACUGGCCGCAGUGAGCAGAUGUUUUAGGGCCGAAACUUCUAAUGUUAUAGAGGAAAGAGGAAUUUACAGAGUACAUCAAUUCACCAAAGUAGAAAUGUUUGCAGUCACCACUCCAAGCCAGUCAGAAAGUAUGCUUGAGUACUUGAGAACAACACAAGAGGAAUUGUUUUCUCCUUUGGGAUUCAGUAUGAAAGUACUCGACAUGCCUCCACAUGAAUUAGGUGCUCCUGCUUAUAGAAAAUAUGACAUAGAAGCAUGGAUGCCAGGCCGAAAAAAUUAUGGCGAAAUAUCUAGUUGCAGUAACUGUACUGAUUAUCAGGCAAGAAGGUUACACAUCAAAUAUGUUCACAAUGGUGUAGAUGACUAUGCACAUACACUGAAUGGUACUGCUUGUGCAGUGCCAAGGAUGCUGAUAGCUUUACUAGAAACCCAUCAAGAUCCUAAAGGAAAAAUCUACAUACCUGAAGUAUUACAGCCCUACAUGAAUGGAAGAAAGUACAUAGUUAAAAACAAUAGUGUACCUGAACUAAAACUUAUGAAAAUAAAAAGAUAAAUUACA